CAGGGGGAACCCGGCAGUUGCCGUUAGUGCAAGUCGUGCGAAAUGCAGGGGAAGUAUACGGUGCGCACUGCUGAGCUGCCCGACGAAGCCGCCGCCGAUGCCAAUGGCAAGGAGGAGAACGGUGGAAAGGGCGCACCGGCAAAGGAGGACAACACUGCUGCUCAGGAAACGAGCAGUUUAUUACAGACCAGCUUCAACUACAUAAACAGCAUCAUUGGAUCAGGAGUUGUAGGAAUUGCGUACGCGUUGCAGCAGGCUGGCUUUGGAAUGGGACUCAUCCUGCUGGUAAUGUUUGCGGCCAUUACGGACUACUCUCUGUGCAUUUUAAUCAAGGCUGGCAUUAGCACAGGCACCUCAACAUAUCAGGACCUUGUCCAAGCUGCCUUUGGCCUGCCUGGCUUCUAUGUCUUGACCUUCAUGCAGUUUAUUUAUCCUUUCAUUGCUAUGAUCAGCUACAAUGUAAUAAUCGGCGAUACAGUCACAAAGGUGUUCCUGCGAGUUUUCAGUGUGGCACCUGACAGCAUCCUCAGCAACCGCCACUUCAUUGUUAUCAUGGCCUCAAUGUUCGUCACCCUGCCUCUUUCCCUUCUCAGAAACAUAUCGAAGCUCAACAAGGUGUCACUGACAUCACUAUUAAUUAUCCUCGCCAUCCUGACCUUCGUGAUUGUGCGGAUAGGAAACUUUGUAGGUACCGUGCCCUCUUCUCCAGAUUCUUAUGCAUUUGCCAACAGGGGCAUCACAAAGGCUAUUGGUGUGAUCGCAUUCGCGUACAUGUGCCACCACAACUCGUUCCUGCUAUUUGCUGCUCUGAAAGACCCAACUCAGCGGCGAUGGAACAAGGUGACCCACAUCAGCUUGAGCCUUUCCUGCGUCAUCAUUGUGCUCUUUGGCAUCGGUGGUUACGUCUCUUUCCACGUCUACAGCCAGGGCGACCUUUUUGAAAACUACUGCAAGGACGACGACCUUGCCAAUGUGGCUAGGCUGCUCUUCACCCUGACUAUAAUGCUGACAUACCCUAUUGAGUGUUUUGUCACACGGGAGGUUCUAGACAACGCAUUCUUCGUGACAAGGUUUCCGUCAAACCUGGUGCGGCACAUUAUCAUGACGCUGUUUAUCGUACUGACAACUUUCGCUUUUUCAACGUUGACCGACUGCCUCGGCAUUGUCCUUGAACUCAAUGGUGUUUUGGCUGCCAUACCGCUGGCCUACAUCCUUCCGGCAGCCACGUACCUAAAGCUGGAAAAUGGGCCCCUGCUCUCGUGGGCCAAGUUUCCGGCGCUCAUGCUGGCGGUCUGCGGGGCAGCGGUUGCAAUCUGCGGCACCGUGGUAGCCAUCAUCGACAUCAACGCUGGAAUCAGUUGCAGCCACGGAGCUGACAUGCCCUACUGCACCGUGCCGGCGGCGAACGUCACCGUCUAGAAUGCAGCAGCUGUGCGCCUUGUUCUUGUGCUCCGGCUGCGCUGUACCCGAAGGAGUGACGGAUCUCUCCCAGCGCGAGGCGAUUGACGAAUUGGCUGAAAAAAAAAAAGAUAAAAACAUCAAGAGAACUGUAAACCUUAAGCUUUAGCGACGCGGAAACCGUAAUCUGAACCCAGUAACUGCUGUGGCUGCCAUCUCUCCACUGCGUGCCGAUAAGCUAAAAUGAUAGGGGUGUAUAUGUGACGAAAGGAAAGUUGUGGCAAGGAACGCUUCCUGUUGGCAUCCGUUUUUACGCACCGUGUUCACUGAGUGUGCUAGGAUGGGAAGCGGAAAUUCUUUGAGACCAACAAAUGCUGCUGUGCCACCUCUCGUACAUCCAAGCAGUUUGCUCAACUUCCGCAAACCUCUCAAGAGAAUUUGAAAAAUGUUGUAUUAUGCCGGCAUUAUGGGGCAAAUACACCCACGGAGUCCCACCAAUUAGAAUGCUCGCACCAUUAUAGACUUCAGCGCAGCUAAACGUAAUGCUUGAAUGUGAAAGAAGUAGCACCUAUAGGCAGCUUGGAGGGCAAAUGGUAGAAUUUCCAAAGACGGAUCGCGACAGCAGCCAGUACUGACACUACUGAGCCGGUGGACUGCGUGUUGGCUGAACUUCUUCAAAAUGUUGUUAACGUGACCAUGUGGAUAUCAAGUGGACCGGCUGUCGUGUUGCUCCCAAAUAUGCGGGAGAGAUGUUUCAAACAGGUGACAUAAGGCAACACAUUCACGAAAUGUCAACUUUUUUUUUUUACAUCUUUACUCUAUCCAUCAUACACAUUUUCCUUUCAGGUGCAAAACAUGCACCAUAAAAACAUGCAAGGAAAGAGAUAGAUACCCUUCAAGUCAUACGAAAGUGGAAUGGGGUACACAAGCGUCAUGCCCCUGAAGCCGGAAGUUUUUUUUCUUUUUAUUUUUGCGGAGUAGCUUACUUAGGUGCUCAGGAGAGCAUUCACACCCAACACCACUGAGCCCAAUUUUUUUUAUUUACGAUGACAAUUCCAAGGUGUGAGCUGCACAGUGCAAAAUACUGACCUUUGUUUUACGCCUCCCCGCUAGUUUAUACUAACCAUAUUUUAUUGUCUUGACAAGUAUAAUGUGAAAGUCACACAUGAUGAGAACACAUCAAGCGUUCUUUUUUUCUCUCUUUUUUUUAAGGGAAGGUGAAGUAUACUGGCGUAAUUUCCAAUACUUCAACUGCCACCGCGAGUCUGGGUGGGGAAACACUUCGUCUUUCACGCUUCACCAAUCACGUUUAGCAACUGUUAGCGCCUGCCAUUUAAUGUUUUCCCCGCAAUGUGUCGGGGACGAGGUUGUUUACCAAAGAGUUAAAUAUGGUUGUGCAGUAAGCUGAGAUCUUGUUUGCGCUUUGUUACGGUUAUUCUUCUAUACUGCUAACCGUACGGGGCGGGGCAUAUGCUAGUUGUAACAGUUUAAAAUGCCUCCCUCUCGCGGACUUCUUCUGCCCUUCUGGGCACACUGUACAUAGUGUAUAAUGUCUAUUUCAAAUAUACCCUUUGCUCUUCGAUCACUCCACAGUUGUUUCCUCCCAUAUUUUUAAAAGCCAAAGAUACUAAUAUUACUGUGUUCUCUUUUCGUGUUUACAAUUCAUUCUGCAAUUUAGUCAUUAGUACCCAAAUGGAUGGAUACCUUUGUAAAUGUACAGGAGAGUCUUUUGUGAAAUGGACCACCUGUUUGGACACAAAUGAAAAAAGCGCAAAAGUGAGAUGCUUCUUCUACAAGUGUGAAAGAGCGAGGUCACAUUAAUUCUGAUUUAAUCGCAGCUGGAGUGAUAACUGUGUGGUCUCUUUCAUACUGGCAUGCCCUAUAUAUAUAUAUAUAUAUAUAUAUGUGGCAGCACAUUUACAAGCAAUGGCAGGGCACAAGGUACUAUUUUACAUCAGCUUGUACUUGGCUACAAUUAAACUUCUCAGAGCUAUGGCUACUAUUUCUCUGGGACAAGUUGGAAAGGGAUAUUUGAGUAACUUUUCUUUGCCGUGUAUAGGCAGUGCAUUUCUCUUGCGCAUUUAUGACAUAUCCAAGAGCUUCGUGAAUUUACCAGAAGCAAGGGCCUUUGGCAUCUAUAUGCACAUGUUGUCCAUUUAGAGUUGUCAAGAUUUUCCCCAAAGUUCCUUUUCUAUAUGCGCACGCAUACGUGCAGCGAGUAUUAUGCAGCUUUAUGUGUGUAUAUUUAGGUGUUGAAAGCAGAUGCAUAGAAAGGUUUGUUUGUGUCCAUUUAUUGUGUUAAACAGGUUCCCAGGUCUACAUUCAGUGACAAAUAGUAGAACAAGGAUCCUCAUUUUGAAUUUGCGCAAGUUUCCUUUAGGGCUGGAGCAAGCUGGUCAUGUAUUUGAACUGAAGUUUGUUGUAUGCAUGUACUCUUGCUUCUCUGUAUGCAAGAGACAAAUAUGUCAUUGCAAGUUGCGAAAAGAAAAACUUAACUGGCGACAAGCGUGAUACGAUGUUUGCCACUGCAAUGCCAGCAAUAUGCCGUUGGUUUGCGCAUGACUGACAGGUUGUGAUGCAUGUGCUGGUGGAAUUGUGAUAUAGGUGAAAAAAUAUUGGUGCAAAUAAAAUUGCAUUCGUUGUAUGUGCUGCUUGCGCCAAAGCAAAGGGCCUUCCAAAAACACUUGGAUGGAACGUGUACAAGUGACACACUGAAAUUAUCUAGGGACACGCUACAAAAAGCUGCAAAAAAAAAAAGAAACAUAGCAUUUUGCAGGCUAGUAUUGGAAUGACACAUCCGCAGUAAAUAAAGUUUACAAAUUUAUGACCAAAAUGACAGCAUGUCGUAUAUAUUAAAGGCACACAAGUAAUUCGAUGCGGUAGUUACUGUUGCAUCACAAUAUAGUACUUAUUACCAGUCAGGUAGCUCAUGCCUGCACGUUUAUACGAC